GCAUGUUUAUUUUGAAAUUCAAAUUAGUUAAUUAUGGAAAGAAAGCGAUUUGUACUAAGAUAUGAAGAUUAUUAUAUCCAUACAAACACACAUGCAUAGGUAUAAUAUACACUUUUUAUUUACGUCAUAUCGAUUUAACAUUUAGCCGAUUUCGCUAACGAGGCCAAAUAUGUUUGCUGUCGAUUAGUUCUCAAUGGCAGAUAAUUGGUCUAACCUCGUUGACUUGUGUCUAAGUCAGGCACAGGAGGAGAAACGUGGUUCACUCAAAUUAUCAUCCGGACGUAGAACAAGUGGUGCAUUCACAGUUCCCCAAGCGCGGCCAGUUUUAAAAUACUUACCCACAUAUCGUCUAGAUCCGAAACUCCCGCUAAAUAAGGAGGUAUGCGAGAAAAUCAUUCAAACGGUGAUGGACGAUGCAUUUGAAAACUUUAUAUAUUCGCCAAAACAAUCGCUGACACUAUGCGCACAAAUUAGCGAAGAGAUCAAGAAUCGUGUUAAAUCGCAACACUAUGAUCGAUAUCGUUAUGUUUGCAUUGUAAGCAUUGGAGAGAAAAUAAUGCAGGGCUACUGUUCAUUGGUCAACUUCCUUUGGGACGCAGAAAAAGACGGUUACAUUUCUUACGUAUAUGAUACACCAAAAUUUUGGGGUAUCGCUACACUUUAUUAUCUGUAUUAUGAUUGAACGCAGUUAUUUUAGAAAACUAACCAAUAUUGGUGAUUGAUGCUUGUAAUAUAUUUUAUAAUUUAAUUACAAAAAUAAACGGAUUUCGAUUUAAAAAUG